CAGAGCUACUUACAAAACGAGGAGGAGAAUAUUAAAACCCUAAAAAUGGAGAUUCAAACGAGUGAUGUGGAGGAUUUUUCUGCAUCAGCAACACUAAUCUACUUCAAGUCUCCAGUUCCUCCUCUGCGAAUCCCUAUACCUGCUGGUUUGUCUGAUGAUCCAUCUCAAGGCCCAUUUGUUCUUGCUUUCAAGGAUUCUCUAAGUUGGAAAUCUGCAUUACAAGCUUCCGAAUCUAAAAUUAUAGAGCAAUGUGAGGCUGGAGCCCGGAUAGGUUGUUCAAUCAACGCGUCUAGCAAGUGCCGGCCUCCAUGGUGGAAAACCCUGCUUGGAGGUGCUCCUAUGGAUCUUGCAGAGAGGGAACAGUGUGAAGAAUGUGAGAUGUCAGCCUGUCUUGUUGCUUCUAAAGAGUCUUGCCUCAAGUUUGCAAAAGACAAGUGUUUGUCCCCAUUUCUUGAGGCACGUAUAGCAUUGACUGACCAAAAAGGAAUUGUGAAGCUUCCAAACUCAGCAACUGGCAAUUUAGAAGUGACAAAUUGCAGAGGAAGUGAUAUUUGAUGCUCUGAUCUGAACUUUAAUAAUUCCAAAGAAGUGGCAGUUUUCAAGUCUCGAAUUAAGGUUACUUAAGAUGGUUCAAUGGAGAACUAGAACGCAUAACUGCUUCUUGCCGUAAGAACUACAGCAGCAGAAGAAACAAUGGUUUCAGGGAGUGGCAUCUGCACUAAACGAGUUGUCGUUGAUGUUAGUCACCAUAUGCUUGGAAGAUUAUCUUCCAUCACUGCGAAAUUGUGAAGAGAUCUGCCUUUCUGGUGAUCUUGUAUGACAGAAAAUGAAGUAUCUUCAUUUCUUUGGAUGAACAGUAAACCUUCUCAUGGUCCUAUUCAUUUCAGGGCUCCUGCUAAGAUCCUUUGGAGGACCAUCUGUGGUAUUGUUCCACACAAGACCAAGCGUGGGGCUGCUGCAUUCUGAAUUUGAGGGUAUCCCACUGCCUUGUGACAAGAUCGAGAGGAUGCUUAUCCCUAGACUUCAACCUGGACACAAGUACUGCCUUUUAGGAGGACUUUCAUCUGAGAUACCAUCGAGGAACUUGAGGAAAAGAGAAAGGCAGGAUCCCAUGCAGCAUAUGAACGUAAACAGCAGUUGAACAAGUUGAGGCUCAAGGCUGAGAAGACUGGCGAAGGACAGCUUGGUGCACAGCUAGAAACUCUUGUUACAGUCUGAGUACUAGAUUGUGUAAUUGAUUCUUCUUAAAUGACAAUUUUGAAGAUUUUGGCUCCUGCUAUGUACUGUGCAUUUCAUUCGGAUUUUGAGACUUCUUCCUUGUUUGGUUGUUGAAUCCUAAUAUUUGAGAUUUUCGUUUA